UGAAGUGAAUAGUUGAAAUUAUAUGUACAGAACUAAUUGAAAAAGAACAACAAUCAUGAGCUUUACCGAAAAUUUACAACAAAAAUUGAUGAACUUGGAAAUAUCCAGCAAGGAUCACACAGUAUAUACAGAGGACGCGGAUGCCCUUUUAAAUCAUGUGAUUGAAGAACUAAAGGAAAAGGACCCUUCCUUUGCCGAAGUUUUCGUCGGCCUAAGCCUUUGUGGCAGUUACUUGGACCAAGUGAAGCUGGAUGUUCCUGACGAAUUCGAUUUGCACUUGAAACUAAAAUUUCCCUUUAAGGUCACUCCCAAAUCGAACAAUUCCGAAUUUGUCUCAUUGUGUGCCGAAUUCGAGCCCAUGUUACUGAAGUUUGACAUCGAAGGCGCAGAUCUUCAGCACUGGCUCCACAGUGUCUUCAAAAAAGUCUUCUCUUCAGAUUUGAUAUUAAGCUGCAACGGUAAAAAAUAUACAUUAAGCUAUCGAAUGGGAACCUACGGCUGUGCCCACACAAUUAAGGCUGUAUCUAAGGAUCGCGCUUUAUCGAUUGACCUGGUUCCGGCAUUUGAAUUCACGGGAUCCCAGUGGCCGUUCGCUGAUCCACCCGUUCCCCAAAAAGUCCGCAAUGCAUAUCCCUGGCUGGCAACCGCUCUAUUGGGUGUAAAUAAGACCGGAAAGUCGUUUAUAGUCUCUGCCCCAAUGUGGGAGAAUGCAUUGAUAAAGGAUAACCAUAAACUCAAGGACGUGCUGCGCCUCAUGAAGGGAUUGCGAGAUGCAAACAGAAAACAAUUACCCGAACUUUCAAGCUAUAUGAUGAAAACUGUCCUGCUGCAUCGGGCGGCAACGGUCGACUGGAAAAGGGACUUGGGUGAACUAUUUGUGGAGAUGUGGGGUCACUUGAUAAAACACCUUUGGAAUGGCAAACUCGAAGUUUUCUUGACAAGAAACGGGAACUUGCUGAGCCAAAUGCACCCUCAAAGCCAAAAGAAAUGUCUAGCUACAGCUGAAGACCUUCUUAAAUCAUUAAAAGAAGCCAAACUUGCCGUUGAUAAAUUUGAUAAAGUGUUUACAGAAAAAUAAACAAAAUAUUAAUUUAA